AUGACAGCGCAAUCACAUAUUCUUAUUAUAUUACAUCCUACUCAGCUUACUAUCUUUAUGCCCCACGCAGAAGUCAAAAUGGGUGAACCGGUCGUUAACGGCGAGAAGCACUACUCUCAGUUCCUUGACCAUCUGACUUCCUAUCCCAUCAUUUCCGACUCUAUCUCCUACUACAAGGGCAACCCCUACGGAGCCAAGUCCCUCGAAUACGCCGACCAGGGCUACACCCGUCUCGCCAAACCUGUUCUACCCUACUUCUCCACUCCCUACAGCUAUGUCGCUCCCUACAUAGCCCGCGCCGACUCCCUCGGUGAUAAGGGUCUGACCCAGAUCGACACUCGCUUCCCCAUCUUCAAGGAGGACACCCAGAAGCUGCGCGGCUCCAUCUACAACAGUGCCUCGCUUCCCGUCCGCGUCGUCGGCGAUGUUAAGCACCAUGUUACCGAUGUCUACGGCUCUGAGUACAAAAAGUGUGGUGGUGAUGGUGUCUUUGCUUCAGGAAAGGCUGUUGUCACUACCAGUUUGGUUUUGUCGCAGGAAUCGCUAGCUUGGGUUAGCACUUUCCUCCAGAGUAAGAAGGAGGAAGCGAAGGAGGCUGUCAAUGAGAAGAACAGCCACUGAUUUUAGAUCUCUUUGACCUUUUGGAGCGUUUCUUUUUCUCGUUUUCUUUCUUUUUAUUUUAGAGAAAAUAAUACCUCAUCGCUGCUGUGUGUAUUGCUUUGCCUCCGUUGUAUUUAGUUCGCUUUUUCUAGGUCUAUCGAUGUAUGUUGUACCUCAACGCUAAUCUAUUGGAUUUAAUAAACACACAA